AUGAGUAAAGUUAUAAAACCACCAACGGUAGCGAGGACCGCGGAUUUUAGGACUCUGGAAAGAGAAAACAGGUUCAUAAACCCUCCAAAAGAUAAAUCUGCAUAUCCUCUUCUCCAAGAGGCUGUUGAGCCACACGUAGGCUCGUUCAAUGCGCUCACAGAGGGCCCAGAUGGCGGACUGCUCAACCAGGCGGUCAAGGACAUCGGAGAAAAAGUCAUUUUCGAUGGUGCCAAAUCGGUUGAUAAUCCAGACUACCUCGGGAACAAGCUUUCGCUGAGCGUCGAACAAGUGUCCAUCGCGAAACCAACGUCCAACGACGGUGUGUCGUCUGCUGUCGAGCGCAAAGUCUUCCCAGCCGAGUCUAGACAAAGACUAUCGUCUUACAGGGGUAAGCUAUUGCUGAAGCUCAGAUGGUCUGUCAAUAAUGGCGAAGAAACGUUUUCGGAGAUCAAAGACUGCGGUGGGCUUCCCGUGAUGUUGAAUUCCAAUCGUUGUCAUUUGAAUAAAAUGUCGCCCUACGAUUUGGUCCAGCAUAAGGAGGAAAGUGACGAGCUAGGAGGUUAUUUUAUCGUCAAUGGUAUCGAGAAGCUGAUCAGAAUGCUAAUCGUUCAGCGUAGAAAUCAUCCAAUGGCCAUCAUAAGACCAUCUUUCUCCAACAGAGGCGCAUCAUACUCUCAAUACGGUAUUCAGAUCCGUUCUGUGAGAGCUGAUCAGACCUCUCAAACCAAUGUUUUGCAUUAUCUGAAUGAUGGUGAAGUUACUUUCAGGUUUUCUUGGAGGAAAAACGAAUAUCUCAUACCUGUUGUGAUGAUCCUAAAGGCGUUAUGUGAACUCAAUGAUAGAGAAAUUUUCGACGGAAUUGUGGGUUCUGAUACUUCUAACUCUUUCUUAACCGAUCGUUUGGAACUGUUGCUUCGCAGUAACAAAAAGAAAUACGGCCAACUACACAACCGUCGCCAAGCUCUACAAUACUUAGGUGACAAAUUCCGUAUUGUGUUCCAAGCCGCCCCUGAUGCCACAGACUUUCAGGUUGGUGAGGAGCUCUUGAAGCGCAUUGUGCUUGUGCAUUUGGGCGAGAACAACGAGGACAAAUCACGCAUGUUGUUAUUCAUGAUUCGCAAGCUAUACUCUUUGGUAGCCGGUGAAUGCUCCCCUGAUAAUCCAGAUGCUACACAACAUCAAGAGGUCCUUCUAGGCGGUUUUCUGUAUGGUAUGAUUUUGAAGGAAAAAAUCGAAGAAUACUUGCAAAACAUAAGACUGCAAAUUCAGUCAGAUGUUGGCCGCGGCCUUGCAGUCAACUUCAAGGACCGCAAAUACAUGUCAAGAGUUUUGAUGAGGGUCAAUGAUAAUGUUGGUGCUAAACUACAGUAUUUCCUAUCCACCGGUAACUUGGUCUCUCAAUCCGGUCUCGACUUGCAGCAGGUCUCUGGUUACACCGUUGUUGCAGAAAAGAUUAAUUUUUACCGUUUCAUUUCACAUUUCAGAAUGGUUCACAGAGGUUCAUUUUUUGCUCAAUUGAAGACAACUACUGUAAGAAAGCUUCUGCCCGAAUCAUGGGGUUUCUUGUGUCCUGUGCAUACUCCGGAUGGUUCUCCAUGCGGUUUGCUAAACCAUUUUUCUCAUCGGUGUAAAAUCUCAACAUCUCAAUCUGAUGUGUCUGGCAUUCCUGCUCUACUGUACUCUCUAGGUGUAGCACCAGCUUCCCACACGUUCGCAGCGGGACCCUCUCUCUGCUGUGUUCAGAUAGACGGUAAAAUAAUUGGCUGGUGUUCUCAUGAACAAGGUAAGAUUAUUGCAGACACCUUGCGGUUUUGGAAGGUAGAGGGAGAGACUGCAGGCCUACCACUGGACUUAGAGAUAGGUUACGUUCCGCCUUCUUCUCGUGGUCAAUACCCAGGGCUUUACAUCUUUGGUGGUCAUUCCAGAAUGAUGCGCCCAGUCAAGUACUUGCCUCUUGGUAAGGAGGACAUUGUGGGACCUUUUGAACAAGUUUACAUGAACAUCGCAGUUACCCCUAAAGAAAUCGGCAACAACAUUCACACUCAUGUCGAAUUUACUCCAACAAACAUUCUCUCUAUUUUGGCAAACUUGACGCCGUUCUCUGAUUUCAAUCAAUCUCCAAGAAAUAUGUAUCAAUGCCAAAUGGGUAAGCAAACUAUGGGUACCCCAGGUGUGGCAUUAUGUCACCGUUCCGAUAACAAACUUUACAGGUUGCAAACCGGUCAAACGCCAAUUGUAAAGGCGAAUCUAUACGACGACUACGGUAUGGAUAAUUUCCCCAAUGGUACUAAUGCGGUCGUUGCAGUCAUUUCAUACACUGGUUACGAUAUGGACGACGCUAUGAUCAUUAACAAAUCUGCCGAUGAAAGAGGUUUUGGAUAUGGUACCAUGUACAAGACUGAAAAGAUUGAUCUAUCACUGAACAGAAGUCGAGGAGAUCCUGUCACUCAACACUUCGGUUUUGGGGAUGACGAGUGGCCAAAAGACUGGCUAGAUAAACUAGAUGAUGAUGGUCUACCAGUCAUUGGAACUUACGUCGAAGAGGGUGAUCCCGUUUGCGCAUACUUCGAUGAUACGCUGAACAAAACUAAGAUAAAGACGUAUCACUCCUCAGAGCCAGCCUACAUUGAGGAAGUCAACUUGAUAGGCGACGAAUCGAGCAAGUUCCAAGAACUCCAGACCGUUUCCAUCAAAUACCGCAUCAGAAGAACGCCACAGAUUGGUGACAAGUUCUCGUCGAGACACGGUCAAAAGGGUGUUUGUUCCAGAAAAUGGCCAACUGUCGAUAUACCAUUCAGCGAAAGCGGUAUUCAACCAGACGUCAUUAUCAACCCACAUGCGUUCCCUUCUCGUAUGACAAUUGGUAUGUUUGUAGAGUCCCUUGCAGGUAAAGCUGGUGCUCUUCAUGGUACAGCACAUGACGCGACACCUUGGACAUUCAGCGAGCAGGAUACCCCUGCCGAUUACUUCGGAGAACAGCUCAAGGAAGCGGGCUACAACUAUCAUGGAAAUGAACCCAUGUACUCUGGUGCCACCGGUGAAGAGCUCAGGGUCGACAUUUACAUUGGUGUCGUAUACUACCAGAGACUGCGUCACAUGGUCAACGACAAGUUCCAAGUGCGUUCGACUGGUCCCGUCAACAGUUUGACAAUGCAACCGGUCAAAGGUAGAAAGAGACACGGUGGUAUCCGUGUAGGUGAAAUGGAAAGGGAUGCCCUGAUCGGUCACGGUACCUCGUUCCUACUUCAGGACCGUCUACUAAACUGCUCGGACUACACUCAGACCACAGUUUGUCGCGAAUGCGGUGCUUUGCUCACCACCCACUACAGUGUUCCACGUAUUGGCUCCCAGGCUACAAUGCGCUGUCGGCGCUGUGCUGUCAAGUUCGAAGACGCCAAAAAGCUGGUUUCUCAAUACCAAGGCGACGACCAGAUCUUCAUCGACGAUGCUCACAUAUGGGAUGAUGGCCAAGGCAACAAGUUUGUUGGCGGUGGUGACACCACUACUGUUGCCAUUCCAUUCGUGUUGAAAUAUUUGAACUCGGAGCUCUCUGCCAUGGGUAUAAACCUACGCUUCAACGUGGAACCCAAAUGA